GUUCAGUGGGUUCAUAUUAUUGAUGUCACGGUAUGCACCCUGCGACAAGACUUUACUGUACAUAAAACACCCGUUUCUUAUACAUUUCGGUUAAUUUGGUUUAAAAACUGCUGUCGACUUCCGCCAGUGUCGCAAAACCGAUAUUUCUCAUUUGUGUGAGUCAUUCCGGACUCGCACAUACACAACAGUUGACGAAACUGUUACCAAAAUAUGCAACCAAACUCUUCACCCAAUUUCACGGCGAUGGUGCGCGCAAUGCAUCACGGGGACGCGAGUCCUGUUUGCCAAAGCUCCGUAUCGCCAGUCUUUACGUCUGCGACGCCACAGCACUACACUUCCCACAAUUCCGCGCGUUUUCUGUACAUUGGCUCAUGUUAUACAUGGGGGAAUAUGAGAGCUGCGGAGGAACCGAAAGCGACAGCGGCAGCCCCGGCGAUAAGUAUAACGAUAAAUAGUCACCAUGGAACGGUUGACGUUUAACGCCAAACCACGUGAAACAGGCUGUCGUUAAAGAUUGGAUAACUGUGUUUUGGCGUUGUAGGUUUUUUCAUAUCAUUUUGGCGUUAACGGGGGUAAGGCACCUCCCUGCCUGCGCCGCGCCGGGGUGUGUGCGCGUUUUUCGGUAGGCUUUAUCGCAUCACCGCGCCGCGGUGCGUUACUGUAACCGACCGAGGCGCCACGCCGCCGGUUACAGUUGCCGUUACAUUCGGCCGAUACUAUGUCAGAAACACGGAAAGACGAAGCAUUACCGCGAACAUGUCCUGCUGAGCUAUGCAAUGAAAAAAAUGGCAACUUUGGUCUCUAACAGCUGCGCUUUGUAGCCAUAAAGUGCAAGUGUGCAAAGAACUGUAGCGGGGCGGUUUCUGUGCCCGUCAUUAGAAGCUUUGAAGUGCAACGAAAUAGGCCGCCCCCAUGGAACGAACAGGAAGCAUCCAACUCGAUAUUCCGGACUUCAGCAACUCCGUCCUGUCGCACCUGAACCAGCUGCGCAUGCAGGGCCGCCUGUGCGACAUUGUGGUCAACGUUCAAGGCCACAGCUUUCGCGCCCACAAGGUGGUCCUCGCCGCCAGCUCCCCAUACUUCAGGGAUCACAUGUCGCUGAGCGAGAUGAGCACCGUUUCCAUCUCGGUGAUCCGCAAUCCGUCCGUGUUCGAGCAGCUCCUUUCGUUCUGCUACACGGGCCGCUUGUGCCUUCAGCUUGCCGACAUCAUCAGCUACCUGACGGCCGCCAGCUUCCUCCAAAUGCAGCACAUUAUCGACCGCUGCACUCAGAUUUUAGAGGGGAUCCACUUUAAGAUCAACCUGUCGGAUGUCGAGGAGGAGCUGGGAAGCGGAGCACACCGGACGGCCAGCCAUACCAUUGAGUCGGGGAGGAGUGGAUCGGCAUUGGGGGGGUCCCGCUCUAUAAGCCCCAGACACGGAAGCGCGAGGUUGAUCGGCAACACUGGAGGGGUGAUCAACAUCCGUGACGUCAGGGAGGUGCGAGAGAUCAGUCCACCGGGGGAGUCCAUGAGCCCGCAAAUAGUGGAGCACAGCGGAAUUGGGUCUGAGGAGGUGGGAUCUGGGAAAGAGCCCAUCCUGCGUAUCAACCGGGCCGGUCAGUGGUAUGUGGAGACGGGGACUGUGGCGGAGAGGGGCGGAGAUGAAGCCGUGCGUGUCGUGGAUGGGUUUCGGAUUAAGACGGAAAGGAUGGAAGAGUGGAUGGGGGCGGAGACUCAGGCUUCAGCGGAGGAGGGGAGUGGGGCAGAGGAGGGGCCGAUGGUGAUGAUUGACACAUCGGGUCGUAGCACGCUGCUACAGGAGGGGGCACGAGGAGGAAAAAGUUCACAGCCUUCCAGUAGCUUCAGUGAGACGGACAGGUUCAGUCCAACAGGAAGUGUGGUCGUGAUGGCUGAUCGACAGAGAGCCAAGAGUGAGUCUCCAGGAAGAGUGGAUGACCAGAGACACCCCACCUCACAGGGAGAAGAACAGGCUGUGUUUGACAUGGGAGGAUACGAAGAGUACCUUCGUGAACAGGUAGGAGAUAGAUGGUUCCGCUACAACCCCCGACUGACCUGCAUCUACUGCUGCAAGUCCUUUAACCAGAAAGGCAGCUUAGAUCGCCACAUGAGGCUGCACAUGGGCAUCACCCCCUUCGUGUGCCGCAUCUGCGGCAAAAAAUACACCCGCAAGGACCAGCUCGAGUACCACAUCCGAAAGCACGGGAACAAGCCCUUCCAUUGCCACGUGUGCGGCAAGAGCUUCCCCUUCCAGGCCAUCCUCAACCAGCACUUCCGCAAGAACCAUCCAGGCUGCGCCCCGCAGGAGGUUUCGCACAGCGCCUCCCCUGAGACUACCACGGUCACCUCCCGCGGAGGCCAGAAUGAAGACGAGUCGCCCACUCAGGAAGAGUCUGAGGGAAAUGGUGGAGCGGGAGGUCCCGGUUCGUCAUUCGGAGAUGGGGUUCAACCCUCGGUCUCCACCACCGGACCCGAUUGAAAAGCUCAGAGUUGGAAUACAUUAAGAGAUUGUGGAGGCAGAGAACAUCGGGGUCCAACAUGGAACUCUGUUCUUUGACUCCCAACAUCAGAAACUGAUAACUAUGAAAAGCCAGCCGGAGUAUUUUCAGCUGCUGUCAACAAAGAACGGAUAAAAAGGGAGAUUCUACUCGGAUGAAGAUCUUCUAUAUUUUUUUUGGAAGUUACUAGGAUAAUAAAAAUGCAAUGAACAGUUCGCUAGGACUAGUAUUCUUUAGGGAUUUAUAAAUGGUAUUUCCGCUUUAAACCGCAUCUACCUUCACCGUACAAACUGAACAGGACAUCAUCAAAUGAAGACAAGCCACACUCCGGCAACCUCACACUCGAUGCAGUGAUCUUUUGUUUUGUUUUUAGCCUCUCCUGUCUUUUAUAUACGUUACGUUUUUUUAUAUUUUUGUACUACUACAAAUCUUUGGAAUUCAGGACGAUCAAAAGAGAAGCUCAAGCUACAAUUUGGUCAGAUUGCGUCGAAAUUGCCAAACUUCUCUGUGCCAGAAUUCUAAAAUGAGGACGUCGAUGUCCCUUGCUAUUCUGCCUUGAGACAAUCUUAAGAAAUUAAUCUGGGGGUGGACGUCGUACUCCCCGGCCAUGGCAAGCUUAGAAAAACGGGUUCGUUUUUUAUUAGGAACCCUCAGGUCUGACCCAACAUCAGAUUUCUGUUUUCUGUUUUUUUGUUUAUUAAGUGCCGUUUCGGCCUGUCGUAACAUCAUAACGCAUUGCUCACUUAACUUACAGGCCUCAAAGAUAACGCAAAGAAAUUCUAGUCGUAGUAUCGGUUGUACAGGUUCUACAAAUGGAUAAGCUCUUAAGUUUAACACUCACAUGGUUUUAUAUUUUCACGUUGGUCAUUAUACUGUGAUAUAGGCAUGCUGGGGGAAAAGCGGUAGAAUAAGAUAGAAUAUAGCAAUGGUAUAAAUAUUGCGUUUUUUUUUCCCGGCAAAGCCUUCGUAUAUCUCCCUACACACAACCCCAGCUGCUGAAUGUUGAUGAAACGUAAAAAACAGGAAAUUUCUUCAACCCCACAUAAGCUACAAUACCGCUCAGUUACCUCUCUCACACAUCACUACGCAAUACCGAUCUGUCGCACACAGAUACGUGGAUGCACUCAACUGUAUUUUACAUUCAGUGUUUUUUUUUUGUUUUUUUAAGUCGAUCGUUGAGAUUCGCAAUUCGUUUUACUGGUCUGACAAUGUUUUGUUUGUAGAAUGUGUUAGCACAGUGGUCCUUCGGAGGGCAGUUUUAUGCGAGUCAAGAAAUACGGAGACAUGGACUUGAAAAGGUCGUCCAAGCUGUUUGUGUAGGAAACAGAAACCGUAUGUCUGCGAUGAACGGGAAGCAACGAAAUGCCACGGAUUGACUGAGCGAUUUCCCUUCAUCUGAUGGGAGGCACUUUAACCUCACGGGGUCAAGUGCCUUGACACGUGGCUUUUGAACAGAUGUUUUCAGCUGGUGCUAUGACCUGAAUUUACUGAAGUUCUCAGUAACCAAAGGAGCCGAAUAAUUUUGUGAAACCCUAUGAUUUGGAGGGAAGCGAGAGAUUAGAUUAGGCACUUAAAGAAAGGGUGUGGGAUGAUUUUAGUUUUUAAGAUUAACUGUAUAUCUAUAUACAUGUGUCACUUAUGCAUAUUUAGACCAAUUUAUACUCAUAUAAACUACACAGAGGCGGUGUUUAAAGAACGAUCUACAAAAGGAAAUUAAGUUUUAGGUGGUGAUACUGUUAUCAUUUUCUACAAGGCUGUGAAUCACACUUCGUGUGACCAUUUUUUUAGGAAAAGUUUAUUGCAUAUUAUAAGAAAUAAACAGCUACUGAUAUUUCCAAUUUUGCACCUCAUCUCGUAUUAACACAGGUUAGAUCUUUUACAAACGUUUGCCGUUUGUCACAAUCGUGAACACAGGUCAGCAGGUUAACACUUCUUGCAAAUAUCAGGAACUCACUGUUUACUUUUCAUGUUUACCUUUUUGGUUCGUACCUAGCCGUUCCUCUUACUCGGAAGUCGGGCUCUGGGUAACUCGGGUCGCCAUAUUUCACAAGAGCAGCAAAAAAAAACUACACAGUUGAAAAUUUCCUCUUAAUAUAAAUAACCCAUGCCUCAGUCGCAGGGAAAUAAGAUCCUGAAAUUGUGUCAUUUCUACUCGGUUUUACAGAAACCGGGGGGCGAGCAUGUUGAUACUGCUUUUAUUUGUCAUGGUGUAACCUCAUGAGAAAGGGGUUUGUCAGUAAACAGCAUAAUCAUUAGAAUAUAUCAAGAAGAAUAUAAAACAGGUUCUUGUUUUUUUACUUUUGUUUAAUUUUUAGAUUUGGGGCAUGGGCCUGUUUGUGUGUAUGCCAAUCAUAUUAUCUUUAUGUGAAUGAAUUGCAAUUUAAUAACAAGGGAUUUGUAUCUAUAAUCAUGCAUUCCAACAGUCGAAAUUUGGUCGUAUUGAUUUGGGUUUUAGGGCUGAUGCAAAUUUUAGCAUGUUUUUCGCAUGACCUUUGAUGGUCAACCAACCUGCCUGUUCUACGUUUUCGUUGUUCUUAAAUGAUACUAUCAAUUCAUAUAUUAUGUGUUUCGCAUUUGUAUUUGUUUUUUAAGCUUUAAAUAACAGCGGAGGAUAUUGGUGUUGCUACAGUGUAUAUACUAGGCUGUAAUGUAUAAUGUUUCUAUAUGAAAACACAUCUACUGCAGUGUUGACCGAACAAGUCACGUCUAACCAAAUGACAUCAGCUCAUAAUACAGUGUUACAGAAUGUGUAUGGAACUACCUACGAAGCAAUAUUGCACCCCAUUUCCGAAACUCUUCGUUGCGUUUGAAAAGUUACUAACUUUUGUGGGGUUAGUAAUCAUAAUAUUGAUUGUGUGUGGGCAAUAUUGAUCAAACUUUUACCCAAAGUGACAAAUUGACCUUUAAUCUGAUUAAAUGGAAUGAAUUCCUUCUUAAAGAAUUUAAAGCAACUGUGUAGUUGACAAAUAUACCGUACCCUAUGUGUCCUAUGGUGUGACAUAGCAAAAAUGUACAAAACAAAAUAUUAACAAUUUAUUAUUUUGUGUCGACAGGGGGGCCCCCAGCUGACUGGGGGCUCAAGAUGACUAGUAUUUUAAAAUGAGCAUUGAUAAACAUUUAAAAUAUUUAUGAUAUUUAUUAAUUGGCCAUUUUUAUAAUGAAUAAACUUUUAUCAGUAAUUUCAAGCUUUCAAUUAACUCAUUUGGAGUCCAUUGGAGUCAAAAAGGUAGAGAACCCAAUUUAUAAAUUAUGAAUAUUUAUAUUUAAAAAAUAAAAUAGCAUGAAAGAGAUUUAUCUUUUUUUCUAACUUUUUGCUGUCACACCAUACGACACAUACAGUAUACAAUAUAUUAUAAUACCAUAACUACCCAAUUACGCUUAUUGGCAAAUGUGAUAAAAUGAUAUCCUGAUUCAAUUACCCUCCUAUUUUCAUGUCAUGUUUAAGCUUGUGAAAGGUGGUGAAAUGCAUGUCUUGUUUUUGGGAAACCAUAUGAUAAUCCCGAGUCAUAUUUUAUUGCAUCAGAGACAGUGCAUAUAUUUUGUGCCAGCAAUGCGUUCUGAUGUAUAUAGUUUCUAAAUAUAUUAUCUUUAGUCUGAAUAAGCAAGCAAACGUGAUACUUCAUCAAAAAAGUUGUUUUGUUACCUCAAAAAGUCUUUGUACAAGGAAUCAAGACAUUGUUUUUCUACUGGCCAGCAGCAGAAUUAGUUUAUUUGCAUGUUUUUUUAUCCUUUGUAAUGGCCAAAUUUAAAGAGAUUUCUAGGCAUCAGAAUUUGCACCAAGUGAAGCCAAAAGUUUGACUUUUACAGCUCGUCUUGCGAUAUUGUUUCUUUUGCAAAAAGCAAUAUAGUCUGUUCUUUUCAUGUGUCUUAUAAAAUGUUAAUCAUUUUAAUUUAAAUCCUUAGAAAAAUAUUUUAGCCUAAGAUAAAACUAAAUAGAGAUAUUUCAUUCUUGGAAAUCGGUCCAAAUUCCAAACAUGACAGUAUCUUAUUUACGCAAAUUUUAAUAGCAAUCCAAUAUAUUUAUUGAAAUAGUCAAUAUAUUGUUAAAAACAUAGACAUUAUAUUCAUAGGUGGGAAAAGUUCUAAUUAGUUAUUUGAAGUUAAUCAAGAGUUUAUGAUUAGUCUAAAUUUAAGAGAUGAUCGUCGUCUUGUGAAAUGGUACAGAAAUCAAAACUGUUCAAAUUAUCAAAAUUAAUAAUGUGAAAGCCAUUUUUAACCAUAACCACUAUGUUUUUGUCUCACUGGCAGUCUGUCAAGUCCAUUCUUCUAAAUAGAAAUAAAGCACUUUAAGUGUAACUGUGAAGGAUUUUUAUUCUGUUCUUUAAAUGUAUUACAAUGUACGCCCAGAUUGUGUGAUACUGCUAAACCCAAAUUUCUAAUAUGAAAAAAUAAACCUGUUUUAUCCUUA